AUGGCGGACUCUCUCCCAUUCGGAAGUGCUGCCUGGACAAGUGGGGAGGAAUAUGGAGGUGAAUACGCCGAGCGCAUCAAUCAAUUCAUCGACAAAAUCAACCAAAAAGCCCUGCUCUCUUACGCCUCGUUGCUUCGGGGGAAUCAACCAUGCACCGUUUCUCCCGAGUUUUCCGUGGGAAGUUUCAAUCUCGUGCGCAAGAUCCAGUUCGACGACGGUGUUGAGUGGAUCGUGAGGCUACGGAUGCCUCCAAUGCCGGACCAGGGCAGCGGGAUGGCCUCGCCUCUCACCCGGGAGAGGAUGCUCUUGGAUAUGCAGUCCGAGCUUGCCACGAUGGAGUUUGUGCGCCAGAACACAGACAUCCCAAUCCCAAGAGUCUACGCCUAUGAUCUGAAUGAACAAAACGCUGUUGGAUGCCCCUUUUCUAUUAUCGAAUACGUCGACGGCAACACCGCAGAGGAGGUGUCUCGAACCUAUCCUGGCGAGCAUGAAGGCAUCCCAGCGCAGUUCGAGGAGAAAUUUUGGCGUCAGGUCGCUAAGAUCAUGGUCCAGCUUGCCUCAAUCCGGCUACCAAAAAUCGGCUCUAUCAUCCGAGACGGCUCGGACUCGUUCGUUGCGGGACGGCUGAUUGAAACAGACUCGGGGCCGUACGAUUCUGCUGCCGAGUUCUACGCGGACUACCCGCUGGCGCUGAGCAAAAGCCUCGGAGAGCAGCCGGUCAGCGGGCAAGACGAGCUAGUGCAAGCAUUCCACUCCCUCGCCGCCUCCUUUCCGCCUCCUGUAGCACGAGUAGGAGAUGGCUCCGCCGAGGGUUUUGGCCUAGCUAACUACGAUCUCAAUCCGAAUAACUUCCUUGUCGAUCGGGAGUUCAACGUCCUCGCCGUCAUUGACUGGGACUCGGUCGUCUCGGUGCCCGAUGCGGCCCUCUACCGCUUCCCGUUUCUGAUGGGCAUCAGCUGCGCUGUCCCUGGAGUUGUUGACACGCACCCCGCGGUGAUGAAACGGGAGCAACUCGGCCGGCGAUUCGCCGAGGUUGUCGAAGCAGUGGGACGGGAGCAAGCGGGAAACGAUUGCGAAGGUGCGAACAAAUGGCCCACGCACCUGCUUACGAAAUCCGGGUUUUUCUCCAAGGAGGCGGCGGCGUUCCGCUCGCUGGUCUACGUCAAAAUGAGGCAGGAUUGGGUCAACAACACGUGGCUGCAAGGCCUGAAAUGGUUGAGCGAGCACAAUGAGGUGGAGGUGGCGCGGUUUUAUCUUGGAGGUUGA